AUGCACCAUUGGCCCCGCGAUAACGUGCAUCUCACUGCAUUAUUACCGACGGGAACAUGAACUUGUAUCAUAAUUAUUUUCUAACCGUUUCUACAGUACGAUUCUGUACUCGGUAAACAUUUAAAAUAAUUGAAUGUUCGAACAAGUUUGUUCUCUCCCCAAGUGGUAUUUUUCUGCCGCGCAGAGGAGGAACUAUUAAUUGGUACAUAGGAACAUAUACACGCAAGUAAAAGCCGAAAUGGUAGAACGCAUUUUCCCUAACAAUCCAUGAGGCAUAUUUCCACAUUUCAUAAGUUAACAAAAAUGAGCGUGUAUUUGAAGAAUCACUUUUCAACGCGCCAAUGUAGCCGAAAAGUAGCUGCGUUGGCAUAUGCCCUCUCAUGUGAACCCGUAGGCGCGCAGUACUCCUCGAACCAGUGAAAACGAAAAAAAAAGAAAAAAACACACUAUUGUAUUAUUUAACCAAAUAGUGUUCACAAAAUAUGCCAUUCUGCACACCCACAAAUAGAGGGAAAACAUAAUAAAAAAAAAAGCAUGUUAAGCAUACGUAGGAGCAUUUCCCAAACCAACAGUGAUCUUCUCCCGCUUUGACGUAUACAUGACAAAAUAAAAAAUCCUAUGUAAAUUCCCCACUUUAACUUGUUCAUUUUGCCCUUUUAGCCAGUACACGUGGAAAAUACACCAAAAAUGAUAAAAAUAAAUGGAAUAAUUCUGCUUUACUUUUCUGUGCUCAAUUUGGUGUGUUGUCUUAAUAGCAACAUCUGUAAAAGCGCCUACAUCUUGUACACUCCGCAGUCGACGAAGAGGUACAAGGCUCCCUUCAGAAGAUGGAAUAGCCCACAGAACAAUAACAAUUUGAGCGAUUCAUGUAAAGACCAGAAAUCGACUGAAGAUUUGUACAACGAAAAUGUGGCAAGACAAUCCAACCUGAAAAAUUUUGCAAAAGACAUAAACGACAAUGUAUACAUCCAAACGAAUAGGAGGGAAAGGAGGAUAAAGAGGAAUAAGCACUUGCGCUCCUUAUACAGUAACAAUAGCAUACGGAUGUCCAACUUUAUUUAUCCGCUGUUCAUUCAUGAGGAGGAUACUCCAAAGAAGGAAACCCAGCUGGAUGGAAUUUACACCUACAACUUAGACGGAAUAGUGAAGGAAAUCGAAGAAUGCUUACAAUUGAAUAUUCACCACUUUAUGUUUUUCCCAGUUGUGAAGGAGGAAAAUAAAACGACCUACUGCUCCGAAUGUUAUAAUGAAAAUAGCUACUUUUGCAAUGCGAUAAACAAAAUAAAAGAGAAAUUUAAAAAUGAAGUAGUUAUUUACGUGGACGUGGCUCUGGAUCCAUACAACAUAUACGGGCACGAUGGAAUAUAUGACGAACAGAAGGGGGAAAUACUUAACGACGUUACGGUGCACACGCUGGUCAAGCAGUCCCUAUGUCUAGCCAAGUGUGGCGCCGACGUAGUGUGCCCCAGCGAUUCCAUGGACAACAGAAUUGAACAAAUUAGGAAAAACCUAGACUUUCACAACUUCAGAAAUGUCCUCAUAUUAUCCUACACGUGCAAGUAUUCCUCAUGCCUGUAUAAGCCAUUUAGAUCCAUCCUCAAUUCCAACAUUCACAAAAACGUCGUCAAAAAUAAGCAGUCAUAUCAGCACGACUUUAACGCCUACUAUGACCUCAACCAUGUGGAGAAACACAUCGCCGAAGGGGCCGAUAUCCUCAUGGUCAAGCCGUCGUUAUUUUACCUAGACGUGGUCAGUCGUAUAAGAAGCAGAAUGGCCAAACACGUCACCGUCCCACUGGCCGUUUACAACGUCUCUGGCGAAUAUAUGAUGAUCAAGAAUUACGUCAAACAUUUAAAUGCACACAUAAAUUACGAAAAUGAAAUUUUGACGGAGCUCUUUAAAAGCUAUAUAAGAUCCGGGGCAAAUAUAAUUAUCACCUAUUUUGCAAAGCAGUAUGGCUUAUACCUGAAGAACCUGUAUGACCGUAAUGUUGACGUAGACGACGAUUUGAGCAGCAAUUUUAACGCGAACGAACUAAAAGAAGACGACGACUUGAUAAAGUACGAACUCCCCAACCGGCUCACCAGCAUCAUCUACAAAAAAAGAAAAAACAGAAAUAAAAAAAAGUACAUCCUAAAUAACGAAAAAUGCGUGAUAUUACCUUCGCAUAAAAUUUCAAAUGAAUACAAAAAUUACAUGAAUCCGAUUGAUUACAAUUAUGAGGAGAUGCACGUUUACAUGGAAGUCAACACUGGCAGUGUGAAUGAGCAGAAAAACCAGCAGGGGAUAAGUCACCUCUGCGAGCACGUCUCCUACAUGGGUUCCAAAAAUCGAAAAAACAUCAUAGACAAAAAUAUCCGGACAAACGCAUAUACCGAUUUUCACCACAUCGUCUUCUACAUAAGCGUGAGCCUGAACAAAGAAUUGUAUAAGGAAAACUCCCUGAGCCACUUCCAGUGCGAAAAUGUCAUAAAAAAUGUUAGAGAAGACCAAAUUGAAGACUACGAUAUUUACACAGUCGACGAAUUUAACUACAAGCAUGCCAUCCUGUCCAAGUGCAUUGAUACCAUGGUGGAAGUACUAAAAGGAGAAACCCAAUUCAACAGGGAACGAAUUAUUAAAGAGAAGAAAGCCAUUUUUUCAGAGUACAGCAUUAUCAACACGGUGGAAUAUAAAAUGAACUCAGACAUUAUUAAAACGCUGCACAAGGAGAACAGACUGAGCCACCGACUUCCCAUCGGCAAGCUGGAGCUGCUGAAGAGGUACGAACCCAAGGACAUCAAAAAAUACUUCGACCUUUUCUUCAGAACGGAAAAUGUCAACCUGUAUAUAUACGGAGAUGUAAACGUGGACAUAGCCCAAAAAUUGGUGAGCGAAAAAUUUCAGGACGUGAAGAAGGAGGAUCUAACACCCGAGGAUAUGAAAUAUUUGGCCAUUCUAAAUGACAACACUUUGCGGUCGAGAAAUAAAAACCUUCCCGCAAUUGUCCAUAUGUACGGGGGUGAUUGGUCAGGGAAGGGCGAACCGGAAAGUGGCUCCUCAAAUGGAUCAACAGAUCAGAUGCAGGAUGAAGUGUAUGCAGGGGAACCCAUCAUAGGGGGCAACAACACAGGGAAAGAACAGAUACACACAGGUAUAGAUAGUGCACCUGUCGAUAAGGAAGACGCUUCGGAAAACGGUUCCAAUAUUCGCCCCCCCGACGACGAAUACCCAGAUGACAACAUCGUCGACGCGCGGAAACUGAACGAACUGCGAAGUAAAUUUCAAAACGAAGCCCUGAGCGAGCUCAAAUUCAGGGCCUACCUAACCGAAAAGUACAAACCAAAUUUGGAAGAAGAAAAAAUUCUGAACAAGUCAGGCAAAAAAGGAAAUCUCAACCUCACAACAGAUUUUGAAAUUAUAAAAUAUUCCUUAAAUAAUGUCAACAUAAAUAUUCUGAUGAAGGAGGAAAUAAAAAGCAUUCGCACGAUGGAGGAUUACAAAAAUUAUGUCAUGAAAGACGUUAUGUUUUAUUGUCUUUCCUUUCGAUUUAACGUGUAUAAACGAGAUUUAUUUAACAGCAUAGAUAUUAAUGAGUACACAAAUAUUAACGAAGGGGCCACCAUCAGGACGGUGGAAAUAAAGACCACGACAAAAUCGUUCGCAGAAGCUGUCACAGCUUUUUAUAAUUUCAUUAAAAGUUUGCUAACCCAUGGGUUUAGCAAUGACGAGUUACAAAAUUAUCGAGCCAACGAAAUUCAGUACGAUGAUGCAAGUGCAGGCAGUGGUGAGGGCGAUUCGAACUCACCCAGCGGGGGAGGAACAAAACAGAUGAAACUGAUACACCCAGAAAAGGAAGAGGAGGAACAAAUUCUGGAAACACGAAUGAACGAAAUGUACACAGAUGAAAUACAAAAAAUUAUAGACUAUAAUUCUUGCAAACAUGUUUACCUUAAUGAGAAAAGGGAAAAAAAACUCAAGCGGGAAAUUUUUGAUAAUUUAAAAAUAGAGCAAGUUAAUUCCUUUGCCAAAAAUUAUUUUCAGUAUUUGUUUAAUAUAUUCAACGGACAUACCAAUUUUAAACCCAACUGUGUCAUUAUCCACGUUCCACAGAUGGACUUCAACUCCUUCGACAAGGAUAACGUGAAGAAGCUGUUCCUAGACAACAUCAAUUCGGUAUCCGACGUCCCCAAUUUUUCCUUAAGCUUCCAAAACAGGUUACUAUCACAUAAAUAUGUGUAUGAAAAUAUCACAACAAAAUUGCACAUGGCUAGGUACGUGGAUCCCAACGCGGGGGACUCACCAAGGGGAGACAUAUUCGCUGGCAUCCUUCACAAGAUCAAGCAGAUCAAAAGGGACCAGCAGCCCCUCUUGUGUGUCCCCCCUAGUGUAAACAUACCGACCAAUAUUGACGUGGUACCCCUUGUGUAUACCACGCCCAAUUUCCCCCUCUUCCGCACGUGCUACGGUUUGGAUGCCCCCCAGGGAACACACCUCAGACACCCCAUGGAGGGAAAAGCACAUGUCAAACUGGACGAAUUACCCACCGAACUGGCGACCGGAGAAGCCGAGUCCAGGGUGAAUCUGAAAAAAUACGUUCAGACGGAGAAAGGCCAAAGGGAAGUCGAAAACUACCAACUGGCAAACGGGAUUAAAGUGAAUUUAUACAAAACGCAAAUAGACAAAAAAAACAUAUACCUCAGAUUAAUCAUACCGCAUAAUGACAUUUUGAAAAAAAAAAAGAAAAACGUCUUCCCCUUAUUAUUCUCAGUCAUAUGCCUCUUCGAGGGGGGCGAAAUAGAAAACAUCAGUCGUGAAAACGUCGAAAUUCAUUGUAGCAAUAGGAGCAUAAAUAUAUGCAUAGACAUAAAUGACGAAUAUUUUUUUAUCGAUAUUUAUACGUAUAAUAAACACGAAAAUAUGAAUUCGGCCUUUUCCAUACUGAACAAUAUUUUACUGCAAACGAGGGUGGAGGAGUCUGCCCUCAAGAGGGUCGUGGACAAACUUCGGAAGGACUUCUACGAGUAUAAGAACAAUCUCCAGUCCUUCCUGCUGGGCCAAACCAUCUCCUACCUCUCCGACGGCGCAAUGGGCUACCAAAACUUCGACCUGCGAGAAGCAGAAGAAAUGUCCCUGGAAACGGUGCAGAAGAUGCUAAAGCACCUGUUUAGCGACCCCUCCCUGUUUGAGCUUACCGUUGUAGGAGACAUAUCCGAUUUUGUGCACUACUACGUGUUGCAUUACAUGGGAACGCUUCCAGUUAGGAGGGAGGUACCCACGAAUGAGAACGCAACAACAGUGGAAGGAGUAACCCCUCAACGAAUGAACCUCCAUGGUGGUGAAAGGAAACCACCACAGAACGACACAGCCAUCGGAAGGGACCACCUACAAGAUGAAUACUCCCUCCUGUGCCCACUUCAAAACUUCGAACAAAAAAUAAAGCAACCCACCUACGUGUAUUUAAAGGAAAAAGAAGAUCACGCCGUUUUCCUCCUCAUCGGAAAGAGUGCCAACCACUUUGGCUUCCUCUCCAAUGGCGUGCACAUAUCGCUAUACUUACUACAAUUUCUAAAAAAGGUUCUAUACGACAAAGUGGAAGAUGAAAAUGUCGAAAAAAAUAGCGCAGAUAAAGGACUCACACAACUUGCAAAUCAUAUCCAAAUAGAAAAAUAUAACAAAGAAGACAUGACAGAAUUAAUUACAAAAAAAAAAAAAUUAUACACCAACCCGCUAUUCUUCAAUGCAGUAUCCUACAUUAUUCAGUACAUCCUGAACAGUAAAUUAUUUCACUAUUUAAGAGAAAAAAAAGAAUUAACUUAUGAUUCUUCCUUUGAAUUUAUAAAUUAUGAAAAAUAUUUUGCAGGAUUUUUUACCCUACUUGUUCAGACAAAUCCCAAAGAUUUAAAAGUUAUAAAAAAUGAAGUUCUUUCCAGCUUUGAAAAUUUUACAAAAAAUUUUUACAACUAUUCUGAUUACUUAAUAGAAAAUGCCAAAUUAUCUUACUUAAAUAAAAAGACCAAAGAUUUGAAAUUUUUUGUCGAUAAAAUAUCGGGCAUGCAAUUGACCCACUUCCCACUCAAGUAUAAAAAUAAUUUCCUCCUCAGGGAUAAUCUUAUCCUAAGUAGAAUAGAAAAGAUAGACGUCCUCUUGGCCGUUUAUGUCCUCUUUAAUCAGACCUCCAGUUACCACAUAUCUUGUGGAAUUGCAUCUCCGAAGGAUGUUUGGGCGGACCUUUACAGAAAUAUAAACGAGUUGUAG